AUGGCUACACCAUUGAUAAUGGGCAUGGCAAUAGCAGCUACAGCUUAUGCUGGAAGAUAUGGCAUCCAGGCUUGGCAGGCAUUCAAAGCAAGACCACCAACUGCUAGAAUGCGUAAAUUUUAUGAAGGCGGUUUUCAAACUGUCAUGACGAGGAGAGAAGCAGCUCUAAUACUUGGAGUCAGGGAAAGUACUGCAACAGAUAAGGUUAAGGAAGCACAUAGGAGGGUGAUGGUUGCAAACCAUCCAGAUGCAGGUGGCAGCCAUUACCUUGCUUCUAAAAUAAAUGAAGCAAAAGAUGUCUUACUUGGAAAAACGAAGGGCGGUGGAUCUGCAUUUUAG